UAGAAGCCGAGCGCCAUGGAAGGGAGCCCGAUCCCGGUGCUGACCGUGCAAACGGUCCCGUACGACGACCAGAAGCCGACGGGCGGCGGAGGGCUCAGGAGGCCCACCGCGGUCUUCGAGGGCCAGCGCAAUUACUUGCCCAACUUCAUCCAGAGCCUGCUCUCCUCCAUCGACCUGCGCGACCGCCAGGGCUGCACCAUGGUGGUGGGCAGCGACGGCAGGUACUUCAGCAGGACGGCCACCGAGGUGGUGGUGCAGAUGGCGGCAGCUAACGGGAUUGGAAGAUUGAUUAUUGGGCAGAAUGGCAUUUUAUCCACUCCUGCUGUGUCCUGCAUUAUCAGAAAGGUCAAAGCUGCUGGCGGGAUUAUUCUCACAGCUAGUCACUGUCCUGGAGGACCUGGAGGAGAAUUUGGAGUAAAGUUUAACAUUGCCAAUGGAGGUCCAGCUCCAGAUGUUGUUUCUGAUAAAAUUUAUCAGAUCAGCAAAACCCUUGAAGAAUAUGCCAUUUGCCCUGAUUUGAGAAUUGAUUUGUCUCGGUUGGGAAGACAGGAGUUUGAUCUGGAGAAUAAAUUCAAGCCUUUCCGGGUUGAGAUAGUGGACUCUGUGGAGGUUUACCUUAAUCUUCUGAGGACCAUCUUUGAUUUCAGUUCUAUUAGAGGCUUGCUAACAGGGCCAAAUCAACUUAAGAUCAGAAUUGAUGCCAUGAAUGGAGUGAUGGGUCCCUAUGUCCGGAGAAUCCUGUGUGAGGAAUUGGGAGCUCCUGCUAAUUCUGCAGUUGAUUGUGUCCCUCUGGAAGAUUUUGGUGGCCAGUACCCUGAUCCAAACUUAACAUAUGCCACUUCCUUGUUGGAAGCAAUGAAAGGAGGAGAGUAUGGAUUUGGAGCUGCAUUUGAUGCUGAUGGGGAUCGUUACAUGAUUCUGGGUCAAAAUGGAUUUUUUGUUAACCCUUCUGAUUCCCUGGCCAUUAUUGCAGCAAAUCUCCAUUGCAUUCCAUAUUUUCAUCAAAUGGCUGUGAGAGGGUUUGGUAGGAGUAUGCCUACCAGCACUGCCUUGGACAGGGUUGCAAAAUCAAUGAAAGUACCUGUAUAUGAAACACCGGCAGGUUGGAGGUUCUUCUCAAAUCUGAUGGAUUCUGGUCGAUGCUCUCUCUGUGGAGAAGAAAGUUUUGGCACUGGAUCUGACCACAUCCGAGAGAAAGAUGGACUUUGGGCUGUUUUAAUUUGGCUCUCAAUUAUGGCAGCUCGAAAGCAGGGCGUGGAGGAAAUUGUUAGAGAUCACUGGACAAAAUUUGGCCGUCACUAUUAUUGCAGAUUUGAUUAUGAAGCACUGGAUCCUAGAACGGCAUACUACAUAAUGAGAGACCUGGAAGCCUUGAUCACUGACAAAUCUUUCACUAAUCAGCAGUUUGCUGUUGGAAGCCAUGUUUACACUGUGCAGAAAGCAACUAACUUUGAAUAUGUGGAUCCCGUAGAUGGCACUGUGACCAAAAGGCAGGGGUUGAGGAUUAUAUUCACUGAUGCUUCCAGACUCAUCUUUAGAUUAAGUGCUUCAAGCCAUGUGCGAGCCACCCUUAGAAUCUAUGCGGAGAGCUAUGAAAAAGAUCCCAGCAAACAUGAGAGGGAGCCCCAGGCGGUUUUGAGUCCACUCAUCGCCAUUGCACUGAAAAUAUCUCAGAUUCAUGAGAGGACAGGUCGUAAGGGUCCUACUGUCAUCACCUGAAGGAUAAUUGCUGACUCAUGGCCAAACUCGGGAGGACAAGGAAGAAUGAAGACAUUGCUCAAACACACCAGUUCUUUGUGCCUUAUAUUAGUUUAAGGGCUUGGGGUCAGUUGGGAGGGAAGUGAAUGGACAAAAUUUAUUUUGAGUUUCCUUAUUAAGAAAAAUGUGCACUUGUCUCUUAUAGCUUCAGCAUCUUCUUGUGGUGCAGAUAAGCAAAACCAGGGCUUUCUCUGAAUAAUACCAAGAUUUAUUUAUAAGAGAUUUUUAAAAAAAGAUUCCUGUGUUUUGCAUUUGCAAGGCAAAAAUAGGCUACAUGUUUCCUUAGCUAGAGCUGGCUGCAAAACAUAGGUUUUUGAUGAUAGUGUUUUAUGACUCUCUCAUCAUAAUUUAAAAAGAAAGCACUCUUACGAUAGUCAAGAACAUUUUUAAGAGUCCAAAACCAAAAUAUUAUUCUUUUUUUGCCUUAUUUUCUAAAUCCAUCUGGGAGUUAUGAUGGAUUGAUUUUUUUUUAAAAUA